AUGAAUAAAACAUCUGAUAUUGGUGCGACAACUCAAGAAAUAAUGUACACAUUUCGUUUUGGUAAUUCUAAGGCAACUAUUCAACUUACUCAACAACAACUCGAUCAUUUUCCUUAUUUGGUCGCUCUCGUUACUCAUGCAGAUGAUUUCGUGUCUGGUAAAAAUGAAAUUGGUGAAUAUGUGUUGAGUUCACGAAUUCGUCAUAAAUGGUUUAUGACUAUCUUUCAAUCAAUCAUUACAGAACAUCCAUCGGCUUUAUUCAUUGAAUUGCCACAAGAAGCGAAUGUAUUAGGCUUGCUUCAGUUAUAUGAUUAUCUAUGUAUAGAUCCUUUACCUAUUCCUCUUUUAAAAGACAAACAUCUAGUUCGAUCGAAUUCUAAUAAUAUUACUAAUGAAAAAACACGUAUUGAAUAUUUUCGGGCGAAGAACUUGUUGGAAGUACGUGAUAUAGCUGUUCAAUUCAUUAUUGCUCUUUUCCGCAAUGAAUACAAUUUAGAUGAUUCUAACACAUUACACAGCAUCUAUUCUCUUAUCAUGACUAUUCUCUUAAAUCCUAAUAUUUUCGGUUUACGAUUGUGUCAUCAUACGUUGAUGUUGGUGAAAAAAUUUUGGUUUUCACUUUUUUCUUACAAGCAACAAAUUAAACUGCAUAAUGCUCAAGAAUCUCUUCAAAGUAUUAAAACUAGGUCUUUGACGUAUUUGUACGAUGAUCACCAACCACUUCCUGAGCACUUUGAUAAUGCCUUUGCUUGGCAAGGUAUUUAUGUGGCAAUAGAAGAAAAUAUUAAUGCUGAUUGUGAUGAGAAAUUUAACGAAGAGAUAAUACGUGAUCAAUACACUUCUAUAUAUCACUUAUCGGAAUUUAUGAAUCGCCAUAUAGAAACAUUAUUAGCAGAUUAUCGUCAACUUAUGGUAAGUUACACAGAAAUGUUACUCUGCCAACCACCGAAGCAGCAUUUAUGGCUAUCUCUUUAUUCACCAAUAAGUGAAUCUAAUUUGUAUGAAUUAUUACCUGUUUUACGUGCACAUGUACUAUUAAUAAUUGGGAAUUCUGAUGACAAAGACUUAUACAUAUAUCAACUUAAACAAGAACAAAAGAAAAACGAAGCAAAAUCAGCUCGAUCAGGACGUUUCAAUACAUUGCCUAAACGACCUAAGAUCGAUAAAUUCAAGCAUCGAUGUGGUCCCAAAAUUCAAAAAUAUCGAUAA